AUGGAGCUGAGGCGGAGCAAUAGGCUGCGCAAGACAAACAAAGAGGCCGUGGCAGAGGAGCAGUCCUCUUCGGAGGAGGAGGGAGAUGGGUUCAGACGCAGCGGUGAGCGGAUGAAGCGGCGGGUGCGGCCGCGGCGGGCAGAUGCGACGGCGGGGUCAGGCCUCCGGCGAGACGUGGAAGAGGCACUGGGCGUGCUGCCGCGGCCGCGCUACUACUUUGCAGACGGGGCGCGGGCGCGAGGAGCGGUGCGGUGGGGCGUGGAGAGCGGUGCGGUGGAUCGCACGGCGGGGAUGCUGGACGGGUGGCUGUCGAAGCAUGGCGAAAAUGCAGUUGGGCCGGAAACGGCGGCGGCGGUAGCGCGGAUAGCGCGGCAGCUGCGGCAGCUGGGCAGGGAAGUGGCGGCAGCACCGGCCGAGGAGGACACGGCGAGCCUCCUGGAGCGAGUGGUGGCGGACGGGACACGGCAGGACGAGGUGUGCCAGCAGCUGACGGGGCUGAUCGAUGGCCUGGCGGAGGCCGCAGACGAGGAGUGGAUCGCGGCCCUGGCGCGGAUCCAUGAGCUGGACCUGCAGGACAUCGCCGACAUGCCGGCGCCGCGGCCGCCGAAGCGCGGGGCUGCUGCGCAGGCGGGGCCCUGCUCGCGGCGGGCAGACUUGCAGUUCGUGAUCAACAAGUGGAACAAACUGCUGACGCGCGAGCGGAAUCUGGCGCUGUACUGGCCCUCCAAGGCCCCGCGCAAAGACAGCGGGCACAUGUCUCCGGCGGCACAGGCGCUCUCGCAGGAGGACCCGCGCGACAAGUUCCGCGACGUUCCGCUCUUCUCGUAG